AUGCCGGGCAACAAAUAUCGAGUUUCAGUUGCAGGCUUCAGACGCGAUGGCAUCUCUGACGACCCUUCCCUGGAGUCAACUUAUGGCCACGCCAUGUAUCAUUGGGGUAUCUGGGUAGAGCCAAAGAAGACCCAAGGAUCGGGACGCCUGUAUCACGUGGAAGAGCAUCCGCCGAUGAACAGCGCAGGGGGCGUGAUUCCUGGAGGCUGGAAAAUGGAGCCGCGCAACUCUGAUUUCCAAUCUAGCCGGCGCUUGAUCGGGCUGAUAAUGAUCGGCAAGCUCCCGGCCGGCAAGGGUUACCGCGAGACCGAGGCUCUUCUACGUCAGGUUCCGGCACCAGUCGAAGGCAGUAGCGAGAAUUGUAUUACCUGGACGAUGAAUGGGAUACGUUUACUUCAGGGUCAAAGACCGACUCCCUGGGCAGAGGAGUUCAAUGUCAAAGAAUUCAUGGACCACGCUUAUAGUCGCACCAAGACUUGGCACCUUCAGAACGACUAG